UCAGAGGAGCGAGAGAACAAAGUGCCUUAGUGAACUCCGAGCCGGUCCACGGUCUUUCUGUUAUUAACAGGGAUAAUCAGCUACCAGCUUAAUCAUCCACCUGCUAUGCAAAUACUCAAACACACACACACACCUCCAGCACGCUACUUACUAGCCUCAUAUACAAAGUUCUGGGAGAUUUGCAUCCAAACCUCACAGCAUAGAGCUUCCUGAUGAACUGAACGCCUCAUGCAUCAUGAGUUUCUUUGGGAAGUUGAAAACAUCUGUACUACAUAGCGGACCACCAGCUCCACCCAGGAGAACAGAUAACAGCUCUGGAUAUGGCUGGCCAGAAGACGAAUUUGACGAGGAAGAUGCUGAUACAUAUGAAGCUCCUCCAUGUGAACGUCCCACCAUUAAAGUCCAACCUCGCCAAGUAGAGGAGAAUGUUUACCUGGGUUAUCCAGAUCGAACCCCAAACCCUGUUAUUCCCAAAAGACAGGCAGCACCGCCACCACGACCAGCCAAGAUCACCCCGACAGGGAAAAGCACGAAGCCAGAGCCGCCUCACGACGAGUUUUACAUCGACCCCAAUGACAGCAAACCGCCUGAGGUGAUACGCAAUGAUAAACCUGGUAAAAAAGCCCCUCCUAAGAGACCCCCGAUGAGACCCCCACCGGCCUCUCAGCAAGACGAAGAUGUUUACUUGGACCCAAAUGAAGGACAGGAAUAUGAUACUUAUCUAGCUCCUGUAGCAGAACCUCCUGCACCCCGAAGCCCGGCCCGCAUCCCUAUGCCUCCCAAAACUCUAGGACGAGACCUUCCACCGCAAAUAAUGAAGCCUCCUGUUCCCAGAGCCAAAUCUAGCUCGGUCCUGAUCAGUGACACCGCGAACAAAGUUCUGCCGCCGGAAGUAAAACGCGCCACGUUUUCAGGCCAGCUGCCACCUGCACUAAACAACAAACCGGUUUCUCCCAUCAUCCUCCCCAAACAACCCAAGCCUAGUCCUCCUCCUCCUCCAUCUCUGGACAGCACAGCACUGUCUUUUGGAGCAAAGCCAGUUGCUCAGGGGGCGGGGCUACAGGACAAAGAAUGGUUUGCUGGAGUUUGUGAACGUAAGACUGCAGAGGAAACCGUGCUCAGGAUGAACAAGGACGGCACGUUUCUGGUCAGAUACAGCAGUUCUCAGAACGACCGUCAGCCCUUCACGCUGGUCGUGCUUUACCAGCAGACCGUCUACAACAUCCCUGUGCGCUUCCUGGACGAGUCACAACAGUACGCGCUCGGAAAAGAGGGCAAGAAGACGGAAGAGCUCUUCAGCAGUUUGCAGGAGAUGAUCUCUCAUCACAUGAAGAACCCUCUCCUCCUGAUCGAUCGUAAGAGUCAAGCUAAACACAGCACUCUCCUCUCAAACCCUGUUCGGCCCUAACGCUCCCGUUUCAUCCUCCUUCCUCUGAUACUGACCCCCAUCACACAAACACUCACUCAUACACUGCCGAAAUUAUUUAUUACCGUAUGUUUGUAAUGCAGUCAGAUAUUCACAGUCUCGUGUUCGGUGCAUUUCAUGUUUGGGGAUUUUUGAAUCUAUGUAGUGGUCAUUCAGAUAAACUCUUCUAUAUAUAAUGUUUACAGGAAAACAUGUUGUCUCUGUGUAAAAUAGUCAAUAAAUAAAGAAAAAUCAA